ACAAGGUUCAAUUUGUAAUCAACACUACCUAAACGUUAGCAGGAGGAAGAUAACUACGAAGGCAUUUAUUUUGAAGGCGCAAAAGGAAAUGCCGGAGUUGAAUAUUCAUUCGCAAACGUGCCAUUCGUGAAAAUUCGUCAGGUUCGAGUCUUUUGUUCUUAAGUUUGUACCAAGAUUGAAUGGGAAUAAUUGAUAAUAGGCAAAAUGAUAAAACCUCCAAGACACAGUUUGAGUAAGAGUGCAGAUUGUGACGAACGCGAUUUGAACGGCUCUCGUGGACAUAUUUACACUUAUUUUGCUUAGUUGAGUAAGAGGGUAGCAAGAGUGGAACUCGAUGGAAAAGAGGGGAAGGAGGGAGAUAACUUGCUGAACAAUAUGGCAAAUCUUCCAAUGCCUUCUCUGACAACGAGAGUGGAGUUGAGUUUGUACCUCGGAGAAAGUGAGAUGGAGGGAGAGAAGGAGAGACAGAGGCAGCAGCGGGAGGAGAAAGAGAGUAACGAGGCAGAAGAAGACAGGAGGAGCGAUGAUGACGCUGACAACGAAGAGGAGGAGGAUGAAGAUUCUGAGGGUGCGGCUCUGGUCUGGCAGGAAGGCUACAGCGAGGACAAUUUGGGCCUUCCCAUCAUGCACUGGGAGGCACUGAGCCUUCGCAUCGCUGAGCUGGAGAAGCAAGAAGAAGAGAAGAAGGGGAAAAAGGCAAAGAGUGGAGUUUCUCUGGAGCGAGGCACAGCUCCAUUGAGCUGGACAGAGGAGAGAGGUAGGAGAGCAGAAAGCUGGGAGGAUGGAGACGACGCCUGCAACAGCCACGUGCUGGCACUCACCUCCCGCCUGCAGACACAGAUGAAUCUUCAGCUCUGCUUCAUCAACAAUAGUGAAAGUGAGGAGGAGGAGGAGAAGGAAGGAGAUAUCAGCAAGAGGGAAAGCUCCAGCACAUGGAGAGGGACUGUUCAGGUUCAUAAGAACCCUCAGCCUGCUUCCAAGCCAGAGAAACCAAAAUCCAGAGGCUUCAGGAACGCCCUGAGGAACCUACGAGACAGACUGAGAACAGACCAUAAAACACUGACCACAGCUCAUAGUGAUUCUGUAAUCCAGAGGAGACAUUUGGAACACAGGGAUUUACAAGGCUUCAGUAUCGAGGAUCUAAAUGCUCUUUGUACAUCACUCAGCCAGACCAUACAAGACCUGAGCUCAGAGCUAGUGGGUCGCCUUCAGGCCCGGGACCAGUUGAGGACAGAGCAGGAUGCCAUGCUGCUGGAGAUCCAGGAUCUGACAUCACUGUGAACCUGCUGAUCACUCCCACCUGAAGUUCAUCUGUUGAGCAGUGAGAAAUGGUUAUGUCUCACAAACAUUUGAACAAGUAUCACACUAUGUAAAUAUUGUUGUGAAUGACACGAUGCCACAGUGACCCCCACAAACAUCUCAAUCUAACCAAAACUUAGUCUGACCAGCCAAUCAAUGUGCAGACUGUCACUCUCUGAAAUAACUUGGACAUUGUGUUGCACAGUAUUUUUUUGUUAUUGUCUGUAUUGUAUGUUUUUAAGAGAAAUUUUUUUUUCACUAAAAGACAGUCAGCCGUGGUUUUAACCACCAGAAAGCCAUAUGUCAGAGGCAUGGUGAUGCUGAGGGAGCCUGGUAUGGUAAACUGAGAUGGACACAAGAUCCAGGCAAUCGAUGGUGAAACACAUUAUUUUAACCUUCUACCUUCUUACUUGGAGUUAGAUUAGAGGAUCAGUACCAGUUUCAUCUACACUGUGUCCACAACAAAUACAGGUUUGGGUCAUGCUAAGCCAGAUUGACACCAAGACUGGAAGAACCAGGGGAGAAAACUUCCCAAUGCAAAAACAUUGAACAUCCAGUCCAAGUCGAAAUUGUACAUUUGUAUACUGUGUCCUGUUUCAUUACAUUUGUACGCAUCUGGUCAGCAAUGGAGUCUCUAAACUUCAGCAGUGAAGAUGAUAUUUUGUUUUGCUUCCAAAUAAAACAAACUUUUAGGUUCAGCCGAUCUUGGUGAGGUAAUGAGAGGAUGGUGAGUUUGGUGUUGGAUCAUAAUGUUUUUGAACAACUCAGUUAUUUUAUGAGUGAAAAGAAGACUUUUCCCUGAUCAUGUCACUCACCUUUAUCUGAAAGCUUUUGCUUUUACAGUGAUCUCAGCUUAUGCUGAUGACUCAAAUCAUUCACUACAAGAUGUGGAGGAGAAAUGUGGGGAAACAAUCUUUUACAAACAAUCUUUUGUGAACAGACAUUGAUUUCAUUGUUAAAAUCCUAAUUUCUGAUAGCAAAAUUUAUGAAGAAAGAACAUCUGAAAAUGUGUAUCAACAUUACAAAAUUAAAAUUCCUGGUGUGCGAAAAAAAAUAGAGGGAUUUAACUUCCUUUUAAAUUUUGGGUCUGUUAUUGACUCACCAAAACAACCAGUGUCAUUAUAGGCUAAAUGAUAAACUGGAAUUGUACAUGUACACAAAUAUUAGAAUUUUUUUUGAAAACCGUAUUUUACCACCAGCUGCUGUUCUGCUUGGUUACCUCAAGUUGUUUUAUCUUUUUCCUUAAAAAUAGUCUCAUUGGACUAAUUUUGCUUUACAAUUCCACAGUUGUCAUAUAAAUUACUAAAUAGUUUAGUAUUUUCUGUGGUACUGUUUUUAACAGGUACAAAACUAGUAGGACAAUAUUUAGCCUUUUAAAAGCAUAAAGUAGAACAACAAUAUCUUAACAGAAAUACAAAGCUUUAAAGUGAGGUUACAAAGUGAAGGUUGUUAAGCUGCAACAUAAAAGGGACUCAUGUUAACAAGAUGCUAAUUCUGCCAACCGAACAAUCUGUCUUUUUUUCUACUUAAUUAAAGUGUCAACAGUAUGUUUUUUUUUGGGUUUUUUUUCCCUUUAGAAUUUUUUUUUUAUACAUGCAUAUCUUUUUGUGGGCUUUUUAGGUAAGGUUAGUAAAGGCCUGAAUGUGCUCUUAUGCACAACAAAUUGAACAAAUUUUUAUUUUUCUUCACCAAAGUGCUUGUUUUGGAUAUGUAAGGGAAGAAAUUUAAAUAUUUUUGUUCAAUCCGUUUGUUUUUUCGUGACAGUCUUAUUGCAAGUUUUUGAUAUUUAACAUACGCCAUGUAAAAACAAUGUUUGCCUGCUAUCUUGAUUAAUGCAGUCCAAUUCACUUUUACUUUUUAACUAAAUACUGCUCUCAUUCACAAAGUAACUGAAUUCUGCUUUGCUGUUUUUUGUUUUGUUUGUUUGCUGUUAAGCUACCAGCAGUGAAACUCAACCCCUGCAUAUACGUUUGACAUUAAAAGCCUCCCAACAGCUCAUUCCUGUUAGACUGUUGGCAUGAGCUGAGUUUCAUUCACAAUAGCUCAACGCCCAAUUAAAAGUGGCAAAGUAGAAUUAUUUGAAAAAUUGAAUUUUGAAUAGCAGCUUUUAUAUGUGAAUUCACAUUUAGCACACACAGGGUACCAAUAAUUUGGACAAAGUGGUUGGUAUUUCAUUUAUUUUUUUUCUAAGGCCCCCAACAACAGCAUCAUAACCUCUGCACUGUUGGCACCCAACAGCUGAUGGUCAUUUUAGUGUGUAGGGGCCUAGUAGCUGUGAGUUGACAUUACUAUACACCCAUCUUUAGUUUUUACUUGUAGUCAAUGUUGGUAUUGUUAAUAGUUAACUAUAACCACUUUAAAGUCUUUCCCAGACUUUAAAGAUAAAUGCUCUGGUGAUGUUAUCGCAUCCAAUAGUGCAUCCACAUUCCAACAUUUUCAUCAUAUAAUCAACACUGACUAUGGUUUUCACUGAUUUGGCCUUUAUUUCAAAAUUAGUGAGGGCUGUUGUCCAAGAUAACUUAAUUCAAGAUUAAACAAAUCUGCAUUAGAAGAACCAAGUCAGUUGGAGAGUUGAGAAUUAACAGGAUCAUUUAAGCUAAUGUAAUAUAUAUGCAUAUACAUACAAGAAUGGGGCCCUGUUAAAUUCCUGUUUUUAUUUAUCAACAAAUUUUAAGUCAACAACAAAAACAAUAAUUUAGAAUUAAUUGUUGUCUUGUAUUAAAAUGUACAUUGAAAAAACUUUUAAUCAACUUGUGAAACUUGCAAAUUCCAAUACUGUAUUUUUAAUUUUGGUGGUUGUCAUUUUGUUUUCAUUUGAUUGCAGAUUGUGUCUUUA